UAACAAUAAGCUCCUCGAAAUUUGCACUCGCAAAAGCUGCAUACAUCUCAACAAUCCUCAGAAACCCUUCGUAGCACAUAUCUUCCAAAAUGUCGUUCCAAGACAAAGUUCAGGGAACCAUCUCCCAAAUUGAUAAGGAACUCUCCAAGUACCCAACCUUGAACAACCUCGAGAAGCAAAGCAACGUUCCCAAGGUCUACGCUUUCUUGGGUGUUAUUGCAUUCUACUUCUUUUUCAUCUUCUUCAACAUCGGAGGUCAGCUUCUUACCAACCUUGCGGGAUUUGUUCUUCCAGGGUACUACUCUUUGGAUGCUUUGUUCAGCACUGGAAAAACGGACGACACUCAAUGGCUCACGUACUGGGUUGUAUUUGCCUUCUUGACUGUGUUUGAGAGCGUGUUCACCGUUGUCUACUGGUUCCCCUUCUACUACACCUUCAAGUUCAUCCUUGUUUUGUGGCUCGCACUCCCAAUCACCAGCGGUGCCCAAAUUGUAUUCCGCUCCUUCAUUUCACCAGUCUUCUCCAGAUACUUCUCUGGAGCUUCCAAGGUCAGCGCCAGCGCAGACAAGUCCUUGUAAUGGACUAACAAGCGUGUACCACUAUCGUGCUGCCGAAUUCAUUCACCUAAGCAAUAUAUGGGUGGAAUAGUGGGAACAUGCACAAAGUCACAAAUGAAGAUUGUAGGCGUCAGACUAUAAGGGGGGUGGUGUCUUGAGCCGUGGACGUUGAAGGUGGAGUCGCAAAUGCCAACCAUGAUGCUGGGGAACAUUGCAACGAAUUCCUUAUCAUGUAUGGGAUAGUUCAGGUGCUCUGUUGAUAUGACCUGAAACGUAUCAAGAUUCUCGUAAUUCUUUGUUGGUUCAGAUUGCUGGGGUAUAUGGUAGAGGA